AUGGGAAAUACGGAGAGCAAUGUGACUAGUGGAGUGAAAAAGCAGGCCGGAGUGUCCACCCAGGCCCUGUACAAGUUCGUCAACCUGAAGGGUGGCGGGCUGCUGGUGGACAUGAUGAAGCGCGCCAUCCAGAACAAGCAGUACGCGGAAAUUGACCACGCGAUCAAGACGAAGGUCGAACCGUUUCUGUACAACAAGGGCAAGGGAAAGUACGUUCCGGUGUCGGUGCUGGUGCUGUUACGAAACCGGGAACGUCCUCGCCACAAGCAGCUGCCGGAGAUACGUGCGAUGGAGAACCCGGAGGAGGACUUCGACAUGGAUGCCGUCUGCCCGGAAGUCACCGAGGCCGAGUACUAUCUCAACCCUUCCGGUUACCGGGAAGUGUGCUGGAAUGUAAAUGAACGUGGCGCCGUGGGGGAAACAAUUCUACACCUAUGCCUGCUGAACGCAACGUCACUUCACGCAGAUCUGGCCAAACGAUUGUUGCGCUUUUAUCCGAAGCUCAUCAACGACGUGUACAUGUGCGACGAGUACUACGGCGAGAGUGUGCUGCACCUGGCGAUCGUAAACGAAGAUCCGGCAAUGGUGAAGUACCUGCUUGAUCACGACGCGGACGUGAAUGAGCGCUGCUGUGGCACGUUCAUGUGCCCGGAGGAUCAGAAGGCGUCCCGGUACGAUACGCCGGAAACGGAGGUGGUCCAGAUGGUACAGCUCACCAACUACGAUGGGUACGUGUACUGGGGCGAGUAUCCGCUGACGUUCGCGGCCUGUCUCGGGCAGGAGGAGUGCUACCGGUUGGUGCUAGCUCGCGGUGCCGACCCGGACAACAAGGAUUUCAACGGCAACACCGUGCUGCACAUGCUGGUGAUCUAUGAGAAGAUCACGACGUUCGACAUGGGCUACGAGGUGGGGUCGUCGCUGAGCAUCCGGAACCACCAGAACCUUACACCGCUGACGCUGGCAGCGAAGCUCGGGCGCGUCGAGAUGUUCUUCCACAUCAUGAACAUCGAGCGGGAGAUCUACUGGCAGCUGGGAAGCAUCACGUGCGCCGCCUAUCCACUCGUGCUGAUCGACACGAUCGACGUGGAGACAGGCAACAUCAGCAAGGACUCGGCGCUAAAUCUGGUCGUGUUCGGUGACAAGGACGAACAUCUCGACCUCCUCGACGGCGUGCUGAUCGAUCUACUCAAGACCAAAUGGAACACGUUCGUGAAGGAUAAGUUUUACCGGCAGUUCUUCAUGUUCUUCUGCUACUUCUGCGUGUCGCUGAUCAGCUUCACGCUCCGCAACGGACCUCCGCCGGCAGAUGAUGGCAGCGAGGAAGGAGGCAACAAAACGGCCAACUCAAAGGAAGAUCUUCGCCAGCCGGAUAGCUGGAACCGGACGUCGUUGGAAGAUAUUUUAGAGUCACUCGGAUUUAACAGCUCUGGCAUGAGCGUUGGACUCGACAUGGAAGAAACACUCGUUGCUAUUAUCGGAGGUAGACUUACGGAACUACAACAGCUACACAACAGCAGUGGAACCGACCCCGAAACGAGCGACACCCUGGACGAGGGAUUGUUCUUCACUGCCAACUGCCACACGAUGGAUUACGAUGGAGUCGAGGGAAAGGUGCGACUCAUAUCGGAGAUGAUCAUACUGGUCGGUGCAUUCCUGUACCUCUUGGCGGCCCUUCGGGAGUUGAAAUUUCUGGGUCGGAAGAUGUUCUUCGAGAACUUGAUGACGGCUCCAUCGAGGGUGAUGUUUCUCUUCUCUUGUUGUAUCAUGAUGGUUGUCCCUUUCUUGAAGGUGCUCUGCUUCACCGAGCUGGAGGAUCACGUGGUGGUUGCAAUUAUGCUCACUACCGCGCCCUAUUUUCUGUUCUUUUGCCGCGGCUUCAAAACCGUCGGACCAUUCGUAGUGAUGAUAUACCGCAUGGUGAUGGGAGAUUUGCUGCGAUUUGUCGUGAUUUACCUGGUGUUCGUGAUGGGCUUCUCGCAGGCGUACUACAUUGUAUUUUUGUCCUACAAACCGGAAGAGGACGGUGACGCCAACCCGAUGCCCUCGCCGAUUGAGUCGAUCGUGGCUAUGUUUCUGAUGUCGUUGACCAACUUUGGCGACUACUAUGGUGCCCUCGAGAACACUGAUCACGAGUUCUGUGCGAAGAUUCUUUUCGUACUGUUCAUGGUGAUCGUCGCAGUGCUGCUGGUGAACAUGUUGAUUGCCAUGAUGGGUAACACCUACCAGAAGAUUGCGGAGACGAAAAACGAAUGGCAACGGCAGUGGGCCCGCAUCGUACUGGUCGUGGAGCGAGGCGUUCCGCCAAAGGAGCGGCUCAAGAACCUGAUGUCCUACAGCCAGCCAAUGUCGGACGGUCGACGGGCGCUGGUUCUGCGGUUGAACAUGACGGACGAAGACAAGGAGGAGAUGAAGGAGAUACUGGAAAUGAAGCGCGUCCACGAGCGGCUUUCGAAAAAGCGCCAGGUCGAGCGGGAAGCCCGGGCCGAGCAGCGUCGGUUGCUGCGCGAAAAGUACCUAAACAUGGCGUCGUGA